AUGUUUCACACUACAGCUGAAGAAGACAAGGACCUCUUGUCAGAGGCUGCAGGUGUCGUGACCGACUUGGUGAAGGCUUCCUCGCGAGCUCAGGCGUCUCUCGUCCUCCUGACCGACGGAACAAGCUCCUCCAGCAGUGUCUCCAAGGUCUUGAACGGCGUAGAAUCAACUUGGGGUGUUGGUGUUUUCGAAGUGAAGAAGAUACAACGACGGAGUGGGAAUGUUAGCGAGGCUCAUUUCGCGUCGGUGGUCGCUCAAGCACGACAGAUCCGCACUGCCUCUCGAAACGUAUUUGUAAUCGUUGUGAGCGACGACCCGACCUUCCUGUCAACCUUCGCUGAGAGUUCGCGAAAAGGUCGCCUGCUGAAUUGGACCACGAGACUGCUGGUGGUGACUCGCAUGACCUUGCAGGAGCUCCGUGACCUGGUGGCUUCUUACUGGACUUUCUCUAAGAUGAACGUCGUGGUGUUGAAUUCUGAAGGAAAUCGACGCAGAGGAAGGAGGUACAGUUUGUAUUCCUACCUGCCGUACCAGCCCGGAGGACCUCAGAUGGUCAAGGUGGGAACUUGGACCGCGAACCUCUCUCUCCGUCUUCGAGGCUCCCUUUUUCAGGAAAAAUAUUCAAACUUCUACGGCGCCCAGGUAAACGUGACGGCACAAACAUAUAUUCCUAAAUGGAAGGAGAAAGUAGUUAAACUGCCUGAUGGAAGUGAGGUCACUCGCUACUCAGGGUCGGACUACCUUGCGCUGACCGUCAUAGCUGAUGCUCUGAACUUUUCCCUUAACAUCAUACCGACGGCCAGCUUCGAUAAGGCAACCGCCAAACUUGAGGAGGGAGUUUUGUUCCUAGUGGCCAUCGGGUUUAGCAUUCUACCGGGACGACUGAAACGAUAUGAUUUCACACGACCCUUUGACACCUACAAAACUUCCUUUGCGAUGGCUAAUCCCAAACCUCAACCAAGCUGGUAUAGCCUCGUCUACCCGCUCUCUUAUGAAGUGUGGCUGUCCAUUGGGGUAGCCUUGGCUGGUACAUCUCUCGUGUUGAGACUGCUGACCCACUACGCCGAGGGGGACCAGUACCCCGGCUUGGGUCCCAUUGCCCAAGUCGUCUACAAGAUCCUGCUGGGACAAGACCUCGUCCAGCGCUUCGUCAGGGCCCCCUCGACGCGUCUCAUGAUCUCCUGCUGGUUGGCGUUCUCCUUGAUCAUAGGCGUGGCUUACAGGAGCAACUUGACGACCUCCUUGACCCUGCCCAAGGAACCGCCCAGAAUAGAGACGAUUCGGGAGUUGGUUGAGCGCGUCGACAGGGUCCUCUUACCAUUCUACGGGAAAGACUGGGUCAGUUUCUAUCUCAAUUCUGAAUCCGAAAUCUACAGACAUCUCGGGGAAAUUUUACACUUGGGAUCGGCGGUCGAGGAGGAGAUGGCGAAGCUAGAACACAACCACGCCGCCUUCAUCGAGAGUCAUCUCUUGUUGAAUUACAUCAUCGCCAAGGAUUACACGGACGCGACCGGUAGGGGGAAGCUCUACGUCGGGAAGUCUUAUUUCCUCACGACCUUCAGUGCUUGGCCGAUCCCGCACGACGCUCCUUACAAGCAACAGUUGGAUAAAUGCCUACUGGCUUUCACCGAAGUAAGAUGGGCUGGUUAG